AAUGUCGAGCUUCAGGCUCCCCAACAUCCCUUCUCUCCGCGCACAACAGCUCCAUCUUGAAUUUGCAAGUCUGCAGGCGGCUCCUCCGAAGGGUGUCUAUGUAACGAUAUCUCCGACAGACCCUACUCUCUGGUCGGGAGUGUUGUUUGUCCAGAAUGGCCCCUAUGCCUCUGCCAUACUCCGCUUCCAAAUCCGAUUCCCACCAACCUAUCCUGAUCUUCCCCCGCUCGUGACUUUCAAUACAGACAUUUUCCAUCCACUCGUAGUUCCAUUAACAACAUACACUUUUACAACUGGCUCUUCAGAUACAGACACUGUGAGUGCAACGGACGAUGAGCGAUUGCCCCCGGGCGGGUUCAGUCUGCGACAUGGAUUCCCGCAUUGGUUCGGAAGGGCCAAAAGGAGUGCUGUGAAUUCCGCAGCUUCGUCUAGGAAUACCAGCGGUAACGCAUCUACAACUACACAGGAUGUUGAUAAAGACGGCCAUCAGUUGAAACAGAGUCGGCCAUUGAGUCCAAAUGCCGAUGCUGAAUCUGAGACCGCUAGUGAGGCUCUUCUAUCGGCACCAGUUCCACAAGUCGGUGAAAUUCGCAAAAGCCCGGUUCCCACGGGUGAGAUUUAUCAGCAUGGGGAAAUGGAUGUUCCGGUUGUCGCGCUGUUGGACUACAUACGGUCAACGUUUGACAGUGAGGAGAUACUUGACUCCAUCUCGCUGGAAGCCGCAGGUAACCCCGGAGCCUGGCACGCAUGGCGAACUCAUCGUCGCACUGUUAAAAGCAGGGGAGGUGGGCCCAGAACUGGAGAAGAAAGCCGCUCGGGUGCAUUAAACCUAGAUCUCAAACCGAGAAAGGGAACCCCACAAUCUCGACAGCCUGGGGAAUGGAAUUGGGGGGGAGUGUGGGGAGAAGAGGGUCCAGAACGGAAUCCAGAAUAGCUAUCUAGAGUCCGUUCUAUUUGGAAGCUCACCGCGGAAUACAGCAGAUAACUGGAUUCGAUUUCAGAAGCUCGAUAACGACGUAUUAACGAAACUCAAGGAGGAAAUGAUUGGCCCAGCUACUAAUUGAUAUAUGACCAAUAUAGUCACAGAGCCGGAGCUUUCGGCGCUAUACCUUCGCUAUUCAGCUUGACACGCCGGUGUGGUUUGGUAUGAUUCUUUUGGACGUCAAUGCCUGUUGAUUUCAGCCGCAUAUACCCAUUGUAGCUUCCAAAUUUUCCCCAUUAGCCGAGUGAGAACCGUGGUUGUUCUUGCCGUUCUCCUUUCCAAGUUCACGAUGAUUUUGUGUCUCAAAAACAAGACCGUGCUGUGCUCCGAUUCCAGCUGCCUGUGGUUUAGUUCCCUGAGACAUCGCUUGAUAGAUUCGCGCCGACAUGCCCAGCAGCGAAACGCGCAGGACACUUAUCUUGAUUGCCCUGAUCCUUGUACCUAUCUUCCUGCUCUUCACCAUUCUGGCCGUCGCCCUUGCGUGUGCUGAGUAUUGGAGUCUUCGUAACCAGCGUCGUUGUAUUCGUGGACGAGGAAGAAAAACGCACAAAAGAAGCCGUUCAGAUCCCUCUUGGUACUUUUCUUCGUCUAAAGGCUCUGAUUCCAGUGGGGGGGAUACAGAGAUGUACAAAAAAGCCACCGAGAGAGAGCACGUGUGAAACAGGUGCUCGUCAGUUAUCUA